GCGUGGCACUAUGCUACAAACGCAGUGGUUGCGUGUGAUACGCAGUUGUUGCUGGCAUCCUUGGGUGUUGAUAAUCUGGUUUUGCCUAAUGAUAAACUAAAGCAGAAGGACUUCCGGGUUGGGUGGACUGAGCGUUCGANCGAGGCGAUGAUGCGCCACCUGGACAAUGCCGGGUGUCGAACUGGACACUUGUAUCGUCAGGAAGCUAUGGCCAGUUAUACCAGUCAGGAGGAUGAUGCGCAAAUUCCACCAGCAGCUUCUCCGAUUACCGCCACAAUGGCUUACUUCUAUGAUGAUGGCGUUCUGUCUGGAGAUGAAACUGAAACACAAAGACCCUCAACCUUACGCCGUGAUUGGUCUCAAAAGCAAUGGUUCAAUACACCGAAUAAGUAUACCAAAGAAGUAACUAAACCGAGGGCCAGCAACAGGCACAGCCUCCGCCUGUGCGCCGUACAACACGUUCGCUCCCCAAGGAUCCAAUCACAAGGAGAUCGUGAUCAACAGCGAAAGGUGAAGUCGAAAUAUUACCACGAUACGAAUACUGCUAUACCGCAGUCGCGUUUGCUCGAUGGCCUAACAGACGAGGGUCUUGUCAAAGUUUUGGGUCCUCGGGGAACCGUUCUGGUUACCCAAUGUGCUGUCACAGAUAUGCCAGUGGCUGCUGCAAGUAAAGCCAUAAUUCAAAGAGAUGUUCGCAAUGCUGCAGUCAUAUACGACGGCUUUUAUUCUCACCAAAACCCCUUCGAGAAAAUCACUGACGAAGAACUUGAAAUGUAUCGUAGGGAAAUUGAACUGAAAUCAAAUCCGGACGUCGUGGCAUGUUUGCUGCCGAUGGCACCUAUACGCCAGCACAGUAUCCGCCAAUCGGAGAUAGCUUGGCAGUAG